CGCAGACAAACUGCCGCCGGGGCAGGGACGGGGAAGUAGCGAGGAUCUGGGAGGCGGGAAUUCGUGCCAGGAGGGAAUGAGAGAAGUGGGCUUGCGCUGAGAAGGAGCGGGGAGGCAGAGCUCGCAUCCAGGAGGGGCGGGGCCGGGGCUAGUUAGGGCUGCGCAGGCGCGGUCGAUGCACGUGCUCUGGCCCUCCCUCUCCGCAGAAAAUUGCGCUGCAGCUCAAAGCCACGCUGGAGAAUGUCACCAACCUCCGCCCCUUGGGUGAGGACUUCCGGUGGUACCUAAAGAGAGAAAUUUAGGUUAUGUCCUUGGUGGCGCUGGUUGUAAGAUGAGGUGAAAUCGUGGACAGGAAGAUGAAAUGUGGCAACUGUGGUGAGAUUUCAGAGAAGUGGCAGUAUAUUCGGCUGAUGGACAGUGUGGCACUGAAGGGAGGUCGUGGCAGCGCCUCCAUGGUCCAGAAGUGCAAGCUGUGUGCAAGGGAAAACUCCAUCGAGAUUUUGCGCAGCACCAUCCAAUCUUACAAUGCUGAAGACAACGAGAAGUUCAAGACAAUCGUAGAGUUUGAAUGCCGAGGCCUUGAACCGGUUGAUUUCCAGCCCCAGGCUGGGUUUGCUGCUGAGGGUGUGGAAUCGGGGACAGUCUUCAGUGAUAUUAAUCUGCAGGAGAAGGACUGGACUGACUAUGACGAGAAAGCUCAGGAAUCUGUGGGAAUCUACGAGGUCACUCACCAGUUUGUGAAGUGCUGAACCUUCUUCCUGCACACUUGCUUCAACUGAGAAGAGACAACGUGCCCCGAGCAGCAGAGCCCACUGAGGCUAGUCCCUCAUCCCUUGUCUCCUGGAAGCUGUCCAAGCCCUCACAGCCUGCAUGCUGGGCGGUGUCACAGCUUCCCAAGCCCCACCAAUAAAGCCCCUGUUUGUGCCGCACUGGUGCGUGAGGGCAGAGUCAGGUGACAACAACUCCCUCCACAAAUAGGACUUCCUGUUGGAAGGCUGACUGCUUCCUGGCACAUUCCCACAGGAUAGGAUCCAGUUUGUAGAAUACGCAGGAACACAUAGCUUCUGAGGGCUCUCCGGCUCUUGGGGAGCAGGGAGGUCAACCCAGAGGACCUAAGGUGUCAAGGCCAAGGGAGCAAAGGGCAGCCGGGCCUGUAUCAUGAUGCCAUGUGCCCCACGGUCCUGAGCCAAACAUUACGUUGCCCAUCUUGGCUCUCAAGUAAACCGAGGCAUUUCUGGCUGGUGUCACUUCAUAUUCCAGGGCUAGCAGGGACUUUAGAGGCAGCAGUCCAGUCCUGGCAUGAAUCUGCUCUAUGAAAUUCCUGCUGGACGGUCAUCAAGUCUUUCUUUGUCCAUUUGCUGUGAUGGGGCAAUCCUCUCCCAUCACGGGCGUCAGUAUGAAAGUUCUUCCUUCUGCUAAGUCAGCCUCUGUGUUUCCUGGAGCUCCUGCUGGCCCUGGUUUGUCACCUUUGUGGUCAUGCUUCCAUGUUCUGCCCCUGGACAGGCCUGUGGAGGUCUGAAGACAGGAGUCAUGGCCCAGUAAGUUCGUGGGCCUGGUUCCCUGGGUCUGAAGAUCCCCUGCAGAGUAGAGAGAGUUGUUGCAUGUACAGUCAGAUCGUGAGGACAUGCUCAUGCGUUCACACUGGUGAAUCCAUCAUUUGGAAAACCUGUUAUGAGAGACCUUAUUUCUCCAAUGUUUUGCUGGAGCCAAAAUUCUUUGGAAGUAAAAAUGAUGACCUUCAUUUUCUGAGGAGCCCACUGGGAACAAGUCUGCCCACUUCCAGACUGGUUGUGGGGGGCACUAGGGAGGGACAGUACUACCUUAGAUUUCAGAUGAAGCUGGCUGCGUCCAAGGGAAGUAAAGUGAUCCCUACCUUGUCCGUUCUCCAGUCUAGCGUCUACGUCGUGUUUCCUCUAGGUUCCCUGUGUUCCCGGCCCCCGGACCUGCUCUCUUCUGCAGCUGACAGAGCAGAGCUGCUUUGGCCCGCCCUCAGCCAGCAGGUCUGUGCAGGCUGUCACCCCCAGGGUCCAGUCCACUGCCCAGCUGGAAAGCAAAUAAGCAGAAGCGGCCUGAGUAAGCAGCCGUUCUGGGUUUAAGUCUCUUAUGGCUCACAAAGAAACAAUAAAAGGAUCUCAAGGUUUUCUUUAUAUUUUACAUUAUUUUCUCAUUUUUCAAGAGGUAGAAGAACCCAAAUCAUUAACAGAUUAAAGGAAAACCAGAUGCAGAAAAAGUGUUCAGUAAAAUUUCAUACCCGUUCAACAACAACAACAACAAACUACAGAAACUUAGCAGACUGGGGAUAGAAAGGAACUACCCUCACCUCACAAAGUAGACGCUAGGAAACCUAAAGCAAAUGAAAUGUGUGUAGUAGUCCAUUCAGGGUCAGGGUAAGCUGAGGAUGCCCUUCAUCACUGCUACUCUGCCUUGUGCGUGAGGUCCCCAGUGUGCUACGACAACAUAAAGUAAAGGGAAAGCAUCGAAAAGGAAGAAACCGCUCAUUUUCACGGAUUGUGAUUUUCCACUUAAAAAUACAAAAGCAUUAAUAGGUGCUGGAUUUAAGAUCAAUAUAUAGAAGUUCAUAAGAAAUUCCAUUUCAGUACACUGAUGACGUGCAAAAUGUCAAUAAAGACAAAAGUACCAUUUAUAACAGUAAC